AUGUAUGUCCCGAUCUUGAACAGUAAGGAAAAAGCUCGAGAGCUGGUUGAUGUCGUUCGGGAACAGACUGAUGCCCCUAUAGGGGUCUGUAUAAAUACUGUAUCAAUCAUCUUGAGUACUUUACUGCGAGAUUUGCCCGAUAUAUAUGGUCUUCGUGUUAUAAAAAGUGCUUUGGAAAAAGACGAUAUAAUCGACGUGGAAAAUUGCCAUGAUGCGAAGGUAUUGGAACAGGUCAUUGUCAGUUUAACAAGUUAUAUUGAGGAUAAAGGUCAGCUAGACUGGUCUAUUCGGAAUGAUGAAACUGUGAUGGUUAAAUCUUUGCAACACUUUUCUGGAUUUAUGAAGAAAGCUGAUGUUGGAGUACUCAUGAAACGUUUUCGUCGGGAUGAUUAUAUCUUCAUUGAGCAGCUCGUUUCACUUUACCAAAUAGAGUUAAAGAAAUCAGUACGCAUCGAGCUGCUUACGACAUUCCACUCACUUUGCUUGUUGGACCGAUCAGUCAUAACAAUAUUACUUUGUGGACAAUUGCCGGUUUUGCUAGUAUUACAAAAUAAUUUCUCUUUACCACUUACUGAACUUGAUAUAUUAUCUUUGCAGUUGCUUUCUGUAUUAUUUUCAACUGGUGAAAGAUUUCCUACGUCACAUUAUGAUGCUUUGAAUUUAGAAUUUCUAACAAAGAUAGUCUCGAUAGUAAAAGAUUGCACAGAUGCUUUCCAGUUUAUUUUGUCAUUCAAUUCCCAUUUCGAGUCAAAUGAAAAUACUGUUAUUCAGACUUUGCAUAAAAAUGCCCCAGUUACAUUUGGUCAAUUACUCACAAUACAGUUGAACCGGUGUAGAGCUGACAAUAAAGAUUUGCGUGCAGUUAAAUUGUUGAUGGACAUUUUUUGUGUGUCAGAUGACCUCAUUUCGGUUCUUUUUUAUGAUAACGAUUUGAAAGUCCUUUAUGGGAUAUUAUGCCAGGAUCUGAUCGAUACAAACCAAUCACAGAAAAUGGCAAUGAUACUGCAGAUAAUGAAAAAUAUGGAAGUGAUAAGACGGUGUGGAUUCACUCAAGAAGUAUAUACUUCAGUAAAAUCUUUUCUUUUGACUCGUGAAACACAAGUUGAGUUGAGACACAGUGCGGAAUCCAUUCUGCAACGAGUCACCGAACAACAGAGAAAUUUACCCUUUUCAUUGUAA